AAAUAAAAGCAUGGCCGAACAUCGUUUUAACUUUUGUUUUCGCAGCACUGCCUUGUCAGCGUCCACGGCCGAACCAAAGGGCACCGUCAUUGGGUAGCCAUCCGCCAAUUCACGCCGGUGCUUGUGAUCCACUGAAAAUGUUCUACAGAGGUGUCGCAAAUUGACCUUAAAAGCACAAACUUCAUCUACAAAAGGAACUUGAGACUUGAGAUGCUAACAUGGGAAAUUCUAUCCACAUAUGACCUCAACAACUAAUGGGGAUUUACCACUGUGUCAAGAGACGACCCCCCACCCACACCGACACCAACAUGCACAAACUUUGUCUCCGCUAGAUAUGUUGAUGGUGCGGAUGGGCGUGAAAUGGGUGCAAAGCGUCAGCGGGUAAUCGAUCAAGGUCCUUCAUUCUAUGGGGCUUCACCUGGCCCUAGUUUUAUGUACAACCCUCCUCCAUAUGGAUAUGUUAGUCAUCCGCCACCUUUCCCUGUUGUCCGUUUGCGUGGUCUCCCCUUUGAUUGCACUGAGGCUGAUGUAUUUGACUUCUUCCAUGGCCUGGAUAUCGUGGACAUACUUUUUGUCCACAAGGGUGGAAAGUUCACUGGAGAAGCUUUCUGUGUUUUAGGAUAUCCUAUGCAAGUUGAUUUUGCCCUUCAAAAGAAUAGGCAUAACAUGGGCAGGAGAUAUGUUGAGGUUUUUAGGAGUAAGAGGCAAGAAUAUUACAAAGCAAUAGCAAAUGAAGUUUCGGAUGCUCGUGGCGGUUCACCCCGACGAAGUGGCUCGAGGGCAAGAUCUUAUGAUGAGGCAAAGGAGUCUGCCGAACAUACCGGAGUUUUGCGAUUGAGGGGACUGCCAUUUUCAGCUGGAAAGGAUGAUAUAGUGGAGUUCUUCAAAGAUUUUAUGCUGUCUGAAGAUUCAAUUCAUUUUACGAUGAAUGCGGAGGGGAGACCUACUGGGGAAGCAUUUGUAGAGUUUGCAAACGCAGAGGAUUCAAAAGCAGCAAUGGCAAAGGAUAGGAUGACACUUGGGAGUCGUUAUAUUGAGUUGUUUCCCUCAUCAGUAGAGGAUAUGGAAGCAUCAGUUUCAAAAGGACGGUGACUUCUUAUAACUUUGCGUCAAUUUGCUUUCUUCUACCUGCAAUAUUUAUACCUUUUUUUUUCUUUUUAUUGAGAAUUGUUCUGUACUACACCUUCUGUUUUAUGAAGUAAAUGUACUGUUUAUUGCCCUCAACAGCAUGCAUUUGUAGCCAAUUGAACUUGCAAUACCAUGGUUAAUUUUCCUAUGUCAGAUAUAUUAGAAUAUCCAUCAGCAUCUUCUUUUUGAGUGUUA